CCGCUGCCAACAACUUCAAAUAGCCCUUUCGGAGCCUGUCAGCCGUGUGUCUUUUGGCUGUGCUGCUUCUUCCUCUGGCUCGAGAACUGGAAACAUGCUGUCCUUCGCUCUGAGACAACUCACACGGCCACUGUGCCAGAGAGCCCCAGUUCGUCUCAGUGUACGUGGGCAGCAGUCCCAUGCUGCCACCCGCACGGUAGAUGAAGAUCGUCCAUGGACGGGACAGGAGAGUCUGGCUCAGGAUGACCCCGAGAUGUGGGAUCUGCUGCAGAAGGAGAAGGACAGGCAGUGCCGCGGCUUAGAACUUAUUGCAUCUGAGAAUUUCUGCAGUCGAGCAGCUCUGGAAGCUCAGGGCUCCUGUCUGAACAACAAAUACUCUGAAGGCUACCCAGGGAGAAGAUAUUAUGGCGGAGCAGAAGUGGUCGACCAAAUUGAGCUAUUGUGUCAGAAGCGAGCCUUGGAGGCCUUUGACCUUGACCCAGCGCUGUGGGGCGUCAAUGUCCAGCCUUACUCUGGCUCACCCGCUAACUUUGCUGUCUACACCGCCGUGCUCAACCCCCACGACCGCAUCAUGGGCCUGGACCUGCCCGACGGAGGACAUCUGACCCAUGGUUACAUGUCUGAUGUGAAGAGGAUCUCUGCAACCUCAAUCUAUUUUGAGUCCAUGCCCUACAAGCUAAAUACUGAAACAGGACUCAUAGACUACGACCAGAUGGAGAUGACGGCCAAGCUGUUCCGGCCCAAGCUCAUCAUUGCUGGCACCAGUGCCUAUGCCCGCCUCAUUGACUACGCCCGCAUCAAGAAGCUGUGCACUGAUAUUAAGGCCUACAUGCUUGCUGACAUGGCUCACAUCAGUGGCCUGGUGGCAGCCAAAUCUAUCCCCUCUCCUUUUGAACAUGCUGACCUGGUCACCUCUACCACACACAAAUCCCUCAGAGGAGCAAGGGCUGGCCUCAUCUUCUACCGUAAGGGCGUUCGCUCAGUGGACAAGAAAGGGAAAGAGAUCAUGUACGACCUCGAGGACAAGGUCAACUUCUCUGUCUUCCCCUCCCUGCAGGGUGGACCUCACAACCAUGCCAUUGCUGGUGUGGCUGUGGCACUCAGACAGGCACAGUCUCCCAUGUUCAAGGAGUACAUCGCCCAGGUUCUGAAGAAUUCAAAGGCUAUGGCUGUAGCUCUUCUCAGCAAAGGCUACACCCUGGUAUCAGGCGGGACCGACAACCACCUGGUCCUGGUAGACCUGCGGCCCAAGGGCAUCGACGGAGCUCGAGCCGAAAGGGUGCUAGAGCUUGUGUCAAUCACUGCCAAUAAGAACACCUGCCCUGGGGACAAGAGCGCCCUGACUCCUGGUGGCCUCAGGCUAGGUGCUCCAGCCCUGACCUCCAGACAGUUCAAAGAAGAUGACUUUGUGCAAGUUGUCGAAUUCAUGGAUGAGGGCUUCAAGAUUGCCUUGGAUGUCAAGAAAAAGACAGGAAAGCUCCAGGACUUCAAGAACUUCCUUCUUCAGGACCCAGAAACUGUGGCUCGCAUUGCAGAUCUGCGCCACCGCGUUGAAGCUUUUGCCAGGCCCUUUCCCAUGCCAGGCUUCCAUGAUCAUUAGACCAGUCAGUCAUUAGACCAGUCAGGGGGCUGAAAUCCAGGGAGUAGAAAGCUGGCUGAGCAGAAGUGUGUAAGGAGAGGAAACAAUGUCAUGUGGUAUUCAAAUGUGGUAGAUAGGUGCCUGUAAAAUGGGAUGAUGAAUCUAGAAUCUUUUUUUCCAAACAGAUCCGGGAAACCACAUUUUUCUAUACUUCUUUGCAGUCAACAAUCAAUAUAUUCUUGUAAACACAUAUCCUCCAUGUUGAGGUAAAGAAACAAAAUAUGGCAGAGGUUUUUUUUUUUUUUUUUUUUUAAGAGCUGAAGAACUUAUUUUCUAUUGUGUAAAGAUCUUUUUCUUAGUUUUGUCUACACCAUUUCUUUAAUGCGGGUGUGUGGGAGGAAAAAAUAAUGUCAAAUCAAACACAACAAACAGUUAUUGGUUUCACAGACUGUGUGACUUGAUUAAUGUAUUAUUAAUUAUUGUAAUGAGUUACACUAAAGAGUCUUAAUGCUGUAAAGAGUCUUAACUAAAGUCACUAAAGUCACUAGAUUAUUAUAUUCGCUUCGAGUUCUGUGCAUGAUUCUACUUUCUACUGUCAUUUUCUGUUCAUGAAACUAGGUACACAAGGAAGCUUCACGAUGUGAAGGGUUGUUCUGGCAGAUAGUGUUGUGUUGGCCUUUUAACAUUUUUCUGGGGAAAAUAUUGUUGAAAAUCAUAGAUUAGAAACCCAGAAUAGCAACACUACAAACUUGGUCACAUAAACUAUUUAAAAACACAUCAUACAGAUAAUGUGAACAAAAAUCAGCUACCAUAAGCUUCAAAAAGUAGAAUUUAUUGGGAUUUUUUUUAUCAUAUUGCACUACAAUAUAAUAUUUCCACCUUGUGUAAAAAUCUAACAAAGUAUGCUGUCUUCUUUUCACACUGUUGUGAGUGCAUCAUCUUUUUUAAUGUCAGAUUUGAUUCCACUAUAUUUUGUCAUGACAGAGAAAUCUCUAAAUAAUAACAGAUAAUAACCGAAAUGUCAUUCCGGAUUAUUUCAUACUUUCCUUUAAGUGCGUUUACAAAGAGUAUAUACUUUUCUAUAUAUUAUUUAAAAAGAAUUAACUAUGUAACUGCCAUCAUUUGACAUAUAUCAUAAAGCCUCCAAUUAUUAGUAUCAUUUGUUGCUCAAGAAGAAAGAUGAUUUGUAGUGCAGUCUGCCUGGUUUAAGUGUCACUUAUUUCACCACAGUGUUCAGUGAUUGAAACUGUAAAGCAGCUGGAUUUGAUAAAACAUUUUCAUGGUAUUUUGUUGUCUUAUCUGGUUCACAGAUUGGCAGUGUUGUCAUUAUCACUGCAUCAGUGAGGAAGCAAGAUUUCUGUUUGUGAAAUGGUUUUACAGCACAAUCCAGAGAAAGGAUGUUAGAAACCGUGAGGUACUUUCUUACUUUGCACAAAACACAGCUUCUAAAGUCAACCGAAUAAUAUGAAUUAUCCACAUCGCAAGCUUUUAACAGCCAACAGAGUAGACUUUGCCAAAAUAUACCAAUAUGUAUUUUACUACAGUGUUCAUAAACCCACUGUUUGUCUGUUUACAUCUCUGAUAUGUUGCCAGCUGUUGUAUAUCAAGCCUGGACUGUCUUUUACAGAACAUUUUUAUUUUGUUAGCUGAGUCCUAAUAAAAUCUAAUAAUGCAAGCAUAA